GGCCAGUUCCCUUAGUCACCCUGUGGGCGCUUGUGAGACUCACAUGAGAAUGGAACUGGUGGUCAUGUCCCCAGUGUCGAUUUUCUGAAUGGUCUUGCUUCUUCUGUCUUGCCUGAUUUUCUGCUGCCUGACCUUUUCCUGGUUCAAAAUCUGUGGAAAAAUGAUGGAUUCCAAGCCAGUCACCAACAGUAAGAUGGAAGCAAGUGGCACUCCAACUGAGGAGCCUUUUCCAGCCUCACACAGCUCAGAGGAGUCGCUACAAAAACCCAGUGGUGGCAGCUCUCUGCCAAAGACUCCUGACCGAGUGGAGCCAGCCUCCCACAGGGACCACAGAGACGGGUGUCGGCAGAGGGCCUCCCUGCCACCCUCACACCAGAAGCCGCCUAGGAACCCCCAGUCUUCCAAUGACACUUGGCCUUCCCCAGAACUCCAAGCCAAUGGGACAGAGGUCCAAGACCAGGAGGCCUCAGAUACCAAUGGCCUGUCCUCCCCAGCCAGACCCCCGGACCAGCAAGCCGCAUCCCCCUCCAAAGAGGACAAGAAGCAAGCGCACAUCAAGAGGCAGCUGAUGACCAACUUCAUCCUGGGCUCCUUCGAUGACAACUCCUCUGAUGAGGAUCCUGGUGCUGGCUCAUUUAGGGUCUCUUCCCGGAAGGGUAGCCGGGCCAGCCUGGGCACCCUGUCCCUGGAGGCUUCAGUCAUAAGUGAAUCUGAGUCUCACGAACCCACUAUAAGGCCCAGCAUGUCUGGACUCCACCUAGUGAGGAGGGGCCGUGAGCACAAGAAGCUGGACCUGCACAGAGACUUCACUGUGGCAUCCCCAGCUGAGUUUGUCACCCGCUUUGGGGGAGAUCGGGUCAUUGAGAAGGUGCUCAUUGCCAACAACGGCAUUGCGGCAGUCAAGUGCAUGCGCUCCAUUCGCCGCUGGGCCUAUGAGAUGUUCCGCAACGAACGGGCCAUCCGCUUUGUGGUCAUGGUGACCCCUGAAGACCUCAAGGCCAAUGCAGAAUACAUCAGGAUGGCCGAUCAGUAUGUCCCAGUGCCAGGAGGGCCCAAUAACAACAACUACGCAAAUGUGGAGCUGAUCGUAGACAUUGCCAAGAGAAUACCUGUGCAGGCCGUGUGGGCUGGCUGGGGCCAUGCUUCCGAAAACCCCAAACUUCCGGAGCUGCUGUGCAAACACGAGAUUGCUUUCUUAGGUCCGCCCAGUAAGGCCAUGUGGGCCCUGGGAGAUAAGAUCGCCUCCACCAUUGUGGCCCAGACACUGGAGAUCCCAACCCUGCCCUGGAGCGGAAGUGGUCUCACAGUGGAGUGGACAGAGGAUGGCCUGCAGCAGGGCAAAUGUAUCAGUGUCCCCGAAGAUGUUUACAACCAGGGUUGUGUGAAGGAUGUGGAUGAGGGCUUGGAGGCAGCAGAGAAGAUUGGGUUUCCAGUGAUGAUCAAAGCUUCUGAAGGUGGGGGAGGGAAAGGGAUCCGUAAAGCGGAGAGCGCUGAAGACUUCCCCAUGCUUUUCAGACAAGUGCAGAGUGAGAUCCCCAGCUCGCCCAUUUUUCUCAUGAAGCUGGCUCAGCACGCACGACACCUGGAGGUGCAGGUCCUGGCUGACCAGUACGGAAAUGCGGUGUCUCUGUUUGGGCGGGACUGCUCCAUCCAGAGGCGGCACCAGAAGAUCAUCGAGGAGGCUCCAGUUACCAUUGCCACACCAGCUGUGUUUGAGUUCAUGGAACAGUGUGCUGUCCGCCUGGCCAAGACCGUGGGCUAUGUGAGCGCUGGCACGGUGGAAUACUUGUACAGCCCAGACGGCAGUUUCUACUUCCUAGAGCUGAAUCCCCGACUACAGGUGGAGCAUCCCUGCACUGAAAUGAUCGCAGAUGUCAAUCUGCCUGCUGCGCAGCUGCAGAUCGCUAUGGGGGUGCCGCUGCACCGGCUGAAGGACCUCAGGCUUCUGUAUGGAGAGUCCCCCUGGGCAGUGACCCCUAUUUCUUUUGAGACUCCUUCCAACCUUCCCCUUGCCCGAGGUCAUGUCAUUGCGGCCAGAAUCACCAGCGAAAAUCCAGAUGAGGGCUUUAAGCCAAGCUCCGGGACAGUCCAGGAACUGAAUUUCCGCAGUAGCAAGAACGUGUGGGGUUACUUCAGCGUGGCUGCAGCUGGGGGCUUACACGAGUUCGCCGACUCCCAGUUUGGCCACUGCUUCUCCUGGGGCGAGAACCGUGAAGAGGCCAUUUCGAACAUGGUGGUGGCUUUGAAGGAACUGUCCAUCCGGGGUGACUUCCGGACUACCGUGGAGUACCUCAUUAACCUCCUGGAGACUGAGAGCUUCCAGAACAACGACACUGACACUGGGUGGCUGGACCACCUCAUUGCUGAGAGGGUGCAGGCAGAGAAGCCAGACAUCAUGCUCGGAGUGGUGUGUGGGGCCUUGAACGUGGCAGAUUCGAUGUUCAGAACCUGCAUGACGGAUUUCUUGCACUCCUUGGAAAGGGGCCAGGUCCUCCCAGCUGAUUCUCUGCUGAACAUUGUGGAUGUAGAGUUGAUUUAUGGAGGUAUCAAGUACAUUCUCAAGGUGGCCCGGCAGUCCCUGACUAUGUUCGUUCUCAUCAUGAAUGGCUGCCACAUCGAGAUUGAUGCCCACAGGCUCAAUGAUGGGGGACUGCUCCUAUCAUACAAUGGCAGCAGCUACACCACUUACAUGAAGGAAGAGGUGGACAGUUACCGAAUCACUAUUGGCAACAAGACGUGUGUUUUUGAAAAGGAGAAUGACCCCACGGUCCUGAGAUCCCCCUCAGCUGGGAAGCUGACACAGUACACAGUGGAGGACGGAGGCCAUGUUGAAGCUGGGAGCAGCUAUGCGGAGAUGGAGGUGAUGAAGAUGAUCAUGACCUUGAAUGUGCAGGAAACUGGCCGGGUAAAGUACAUCAAGCGUCCAGGGGUCGUGCUGGAAGCUGGCUGUGUGGUGGCUAGAUUAGAGCUUGAUGACCCUUCAAAAGUGCAUGCGGCGGAACCGUUCAUAGGGAAGCUCCCUGCCCAGCAGACUCUGCCCAUCCUGGGGGAGAAGCUGCACCAGGUGUUCCACAGUGUCCUGGAAAACCUGACCAAUGUCAUGAGUGGCUACUGCCUGCCAGAGCCUUUCUUCAGCAUAAAGCUGAAAGAGUGGGUGCAGAAACUGAUGAUGACCCUCCGACACCCGUCGCUGCCACUGCUGGAGCUGCAAGAAAUCAUGACCAGCAUAGCAGGCCGCAUCCCCGCCCCCGUGGAGAAAGCAGUCCGCAGGGUGAUGGCCCAAUAUGCCAGUAACAUCACCUCAGUGCUGUGCCAGUUCCCCAGCCAGCAGAUAGCCACCAUCCUGGACUGCCACGCCGCCACCCUGCAGCGAAAGGCUGACCGAGAGGUCUUCUUCAUGAACACACAGAGCAUCGUGCAGCUGGUCCAGAGAUACCGCAGCGGAACCCGUGGCUACAUGAAAACCGUGGUACUGGACCUCCUGCGGAGAUACUUACAAGUGGAGCAUCAUUUCCAACAAGCACACUAUGACAAGUGCGUGAUCAACCUCAGGGAGCAGUUCAAGCCAGAUAUGACCCAGGUGCUGGACUGCAUCUUCUCGCAUGCACAGGUGGCCAAGAAGAACCAGCUGGUGAUCAUGCUGAUUGAUGAGGUCUGUGGUCCAGACCCUGCCCUGUCAGACGAGCUGACCUCCAUCCUCAGUGAGCUUACUCAGCUGAGCAGGAGCGAGCAUUGCAAGGUGGCCCUCAGAGCCAGGCAGGUCCUGAUUGCCUCCCACCUCCCCUCCUACGAGCUGCGGCACAACCAAGUGGAGUCCAUCUUUCUGUCUGCCAUUGACAUGUAUGGACACCAAUUCUGCCCAGAAAACCUCAAGAAAUUAAUACUCUCGGAAACAACUAUAUUUGACGUGCUGCCCACUUUCUUCUACCACACCAACAAAGUCGUCUGCAUGGCGUCGUUGGAGGUUUAUGUGCGGAGAGGCUACAUCGCCUAUGAGCUGAACAGCCUGCAGCACCGAGAGCUCCCAGACGGUACCUGUGUGGUGGAGUUCCAGUUUAUGCUGCCCUCUUCCCACCCCAACCGGAUGGCAGUACCCAUCAGCAUCAUUAACCCUGACCUGCUGAGGCGCAGCACAGAGCUCUUCAUGGACAGUGGUUUCUCCCCACUGUGCCAGCGGAUGGGGGCCAUGGUAGCCUUCAGGAGAUUUGAGGAAUUCACCAGGAACUUUGAUGAAGUUAUCUCCUGCUUUGCCAACAUUCCCACAGACACACCCCUCUUCAGCAAGGCCCGCACCUCCCUGUACUCUGAGGAUGAUAGCAAGAACCUCCGAGAAGAGCCCAUCCACAUCCUGAAUGUGGCCAUUCAGUGUGUGGACCACCUGGAGGAUGAGGCACUGGUGCCGAUUUUCCGGACCUUCAUACAGUCUAAGAAACAUAUCCUUGUGGAUUACGGACUCCGAAGAAUCACAUUCCUGAUUGCCCAAGAGAAAGAAUUCCCCAAGUUCUUCACGUUCAGAGCACGGGAUGAGUUUGCCGAAGACAGGAUUUACCGCCAUUUGGAGCCCGCCCUGGCCUUCCAGCUGGAGCUGAGCAGGAUGCGCAACUUUGACCUGACUGCUGUGCCCUGUGCCAACCACAAGAUGCACCUUUACCUGGGCGCUGCCAAGGUGAGGGAAGGGCUGGAGGUGACGGACCACAGGUUCUUCAUCCGCGCCAUCAUCAGGCACUCGGACCUGAUCACCAAGGAAGCCUCCUUCGAGUACCUACAGAAUGAGGGUGAACGGCUGCUCUUGGAGGCCAUGGACGAGCUGGAGGUGGCAUUCAACAACACCAGUGUGCGCACCGACUGUAACCACAUCUUCCUCAAUUUUGUGCCCACUGUCAUCAUGGACCCAUUCAAGAUCGAGGAGUCAGUGCGCAGCAUGGUCAUGCGCUAUGGCAGCCGGCUGUGGAAACUCCGUGUGCUGCAGGCUGAGGUCAAGAUCAACAUCCGCCAAACGACCAUGGACUGUGCUGUUCCCAUCCGCCUAUUCAUCACCAAUGAGUCAGGCUACUACCUGGACAUCAGCCUCUACAAAGAAGUCACCGAUGCCAGAUCUGGAAACAUCAUGUUUCAUUCCUUUGGCAACAAGCAAGGGAGCCAGCAUGGGAUGCUCAUCAACACUCCCUAUGUCACCAAAGAUCUUCUCCAGGCCAAGCGAUUCCAGGCGCAGUCUUUGGGGACCACCUAUGUGUACGACUUCCCGGAAAUGUUUCGGCAGGCCCUCUUUAAACUGUGGGGCUCCCCAGAAAAGUACCCCAAAGAUGUCCUGACAUACACCGAGCUGGUGUUGGACUCCCAGGGCCAGCUGGUGGAGAUGAACCGGCUUCCCGGUGGGAAUGAGGUGGGCAUGGUGGCCUUCAAAAUGAGGUUUAAGACUCCAGAGUAUCCAGAAGGGCGGGACAUCAUUGUCAUCAGCAACGACAUCACCUUCCACAUCGGCUCUUUCGGCGUAGGAGAGGACUUCCUGUACCUGCGGGCAUCUGAGAUGGCCCGGAUAGAGGGCAUCCCCAAAGUCUAUCUGGCUGCCAACAGUGGGGCCCGACUUGGCCUGGCUGAGGAGAUCAAACAUAUAUUCCAAGUGGCCUGGGUGGACCCCAAAGAUCCCCACAAAGGAUUUAAAUACCUGUACCUGACCCCCCAAGACUACACCCGAAUCAGUUCCCAGAACUCCGUGCACUGCAAACACAUUGAGGAUGACGGUGAAUCCAGGUACGUCAUUGUGGACAUCAUUGGGAAGGAUAGCAACCUGGGCGUAGAAAACCUGAGCGGCUCGGGCAUGAUUGCAGGAGAGGCCUCCCUGUCUUAUGAAGAGGUCGUCACCAUUAGCAUGGUGACCUGCCGUGCCCUUGGAAUCGGGGCCUACUUGGUGAGGCUUGGCCAACGGGUGAUCCAGGUGGAGAAUUCCCACAUCAUUCUCACUGGAGCCAGCGCUCUCAACAAGGUUCUGGGAAGAGAGGUCUACACAUCUAAUAACCAGCUGGGAGGUGUACAGAUCAUGCAUACCAAUGGUGUCUCCCAUGUCACUGUGCCAGAUGACUUCGAGGGAGUCUGUACCAUAUUGGAGUGGCUGUCCUAUAUACCGAAGGAUAAUCACAGCCCUGUCCCCAUCAUCACACCCACUGACCCCAUUGGCAGAGAAAUUGAAUUCAUCCCAUCCAGAGCUCCCUACGACCCCCGGUGGCUGCUUGCAGGAAGACCUCACCCAACUCUGAAGGGAACCUGGCAGAGUGGGUUCUUCGACCAUGGCAGUUUCAAGGAAAUCAUGGCACCUUGGGCCCAGACUGUGGUGACAGGACGAGCCAGACUGGGUGGCAUCCCUGUGGGAGUGAUUGCCGUGGAGACGAGGACUGUGGAGGUGGCCGUUCCUGCAGACCCUGCUAACCUGGAUUCUGAGGCCAAGAUAAUCCAGCAGGCCGGCCAAGUGUGGUUUCCGGACUCUGCCUACAAAACGGCGCAGGUCAUCAGGGACUUCAACCGGGAGCAGCUGCCUCUCAUGAUCUUUGCCAACUGGAGGGGCUUCUCCGGUGGCAUGAAGGACAUGUAUGAACAGAUGUUGAAGUUUGGAGCCUACAUCGUGGACGGCCUCCGGCAAUACAAGCAGCCCAUCCUCCUCUACAUUCCCCCUUAUGCUGAGCUCCGAGGGGGCUCCUGGGUCGUCCUGGACUCCACCAUCAAUCCCCUGUGCAUAGAAAUGUAUGCGGACAAAGAGAGCAGGGGGGGUGUCCUGGAACCAGAGGGCACAGUGGAGAUUAAGUUCCGGAAGAAAGAUCUGGUUAAGACCAUGAAAAGAAUGGACCCAAUGUGCAAGAAGCUCCUGGAACAGUUAGGGACUGCCCAGCUGCCUGACAAGGACCGAAGGGAGCUGGAAGCCCAGCUGAAGGCUCGUGAGGACCUCCUGUUCCCCAUCUACCACCAGGUGGCGGUGCAGUUUGCUGACCUGCAUGACACCCCAGGCCGAAUGCUAGAGAAAGGAACCAUCUCUGACGUGCUGGAGUGGAGGACUUCACGCACCUUUCUCUAUUGGCGCCUGCGCCGGCUGCUGCUGGAGGCCCAAGUAAAGCAGGAGAUUCUGCAUGCCAGCCCUGAGCUGAGCCAUGAGCACAUACAGUCCAUGCUGCGCCGCUGGUUUGUGGAAACAGAGGGCGCCGUCAAGGCCUACCUGUGGGACAACAACCAGGUGGUGGUCCAGUGGCUGGAGCAGCACUGGCCAGCCAGGGACAGCCUACACUCUGCCAUCCAUGAGAACAUCAAGUGCCUGAAGCAGGACUCUGUCCUUAAGACCAUCCAAGGUCUGGUUCAGAAAAACCCAGAGGUGGCCAUGGACUGCAUUGUGUACCUGAGCCAGCACCUCAGCCCUGCUGAGCGGAUACAGAUUGUUCAGCUGCUGUCUACCACAGAGAGCCCAGCUUCCCCCUGAGCAGCUCUGGAUUUCCCCAGGACCCUGGGCCACAGAAAUAGCCACACAGCAGUCCCUUGCAGGACCCUGGAGGCUAGCUUUAGGAAAGGAAAGCAAUCCUGAGCACUUCGAAGGCAGAGCUGCUGGUCCCUGGGGCCCUUGCUAGGCAGGAAGGAGUGUGCCCCCCCCUGCCACCACCGCCUGGGGACCGCUGGAUUUGUCCCCACAAACAACUGCUAGGUCAGUCACUCAGCUAAAGCAAACAGCCUGAGUCCCUUGUGUUCUGCCUGGCAUGCGGGUCCAGGUCUCUUCAGCUGGUUGUCUGAUCACUGGACACUUUUAUUUUUGUUUUUCACUCAGCAACUUGAGUCUUUUAGUAAACAGGCACAUGAAAACAGAUUCACACCAGACCCAAGAGAACCUAUUUUUGUAAGAAGGCUUAUUGAAUACUGCCUAAUCACUCAGGUCAGGGUAGGAAUGUUGUUGUUAGGAUUAUUAUUAUUAUUAUUAUUAUUAUUAUUAUUAUUAUUAUAAAAUAGGCAAGUGUGGUGGCAUACACCUUUAAUCCCAGCACUUGGGAGGCAGUGGCAAACAGAUCAAACUCUAUGAGUUCGAAACCAGUCUGGUCUACAUAGGAAGUCCCAGACUAGCCAGGACCCUAGCUCAAAAAAAAAAAGGCAGAAUGGUAUUUUGUCCUUUAAGUGGCCCUACGGAGUGAGGAGGACCAUCCCUUUAGCAGUGAUUCUUCAGAGAGAAAGGAAAAUGGCUCUGCCUGCCCCUCCUCCCCAAGUGGAACAAGUACUGGCCCUCCCACCAUGCUUCCUGCAAGACUUACCACCCACACAGGUCACAGCCUGAAUGCAGAGAAGCCCUCCCCAGACUCACAGCAAGCUGCCUCUGUGGUCAACACUACACCUUCUGAGGACCCCUGAGUCCAUGUACUUUCUCACCGUGUUGUUUUGAUAUCCAGGGUGGGAACCAAUGGCGCUGGCCCUUGGUGACCCAGGACUGUGCUGCAAGCGCCCUGUGGGCUCUGCGAUGUUCCUGCCAGUACUCACAAGCCAUGCAGUGUCAGGGUCUGAGAUGCUCUGUGCCAGUGGUAGGGGCUAGGAGAGUUAGCCGCCACCUGCUGCCUUGGUGGGCUGUGUGUCUAAAGAUACCAAGCAUCGCUCCAGGCUGAGGCAGCAGGCAAUUAUCAAACCCUCCACAAGCCAGGAUGCUUGAAGAUGUCUGGUUUAAAACAAAAAUGUCCAACAUUUAGCCAAUGACAGCCCUGGAAGGUGAAGGUGGGGCAGGGCUGGGAGGGGUGGGAAAGUGGAGUGGAUUCCUGUCCCACCUGGAGCUGGGCAGGGUGGGGAUCACUGCUGCUCUAGAGAGUGAAGGGUUCUUCAAGUAAGGCACUCUUGGUUUUGGAGGAAACUCAAGCCCAUGUCUAGCUGCCUCCUUGAACGUUCUGGUGGGCUGAAGAGUCUGCCCGGAGCCUGCAGAAUAAACUAUUUUUUGAAG